GGAAUGGCGCGCAGGCGCAGCAGGGGCAGGGAGGGAGGACGCCGCCGUAGAGAUACCGCGCAGAGAUAGGAAGGAGGACGCCGCCGGCGUGGGAGUUCGCGCACGCGUAGUAGCAGGUAGGUCUGCCUGCAUGUGGUUAGAGGGGGGCUGGGUUGAGCAAUGGCGGAGAGGCGCUUUAUGGGAGGGCAGGGAUUUUAAUUUUUUUGCGUGCCUUGAAACGGAUUCCUUCCUUCCUUUUCGGAUCCAUGCUACGUGCAUGGAUCCUUCCCUGCUCACGAGGAGCAGCCUCCCCUCUGCUCUUGGCAGCCUUGGCAGGGAAUGGGGGGAACGGGUGGGUCGCCCUCUGGUUGUCCUGAAGGGAGAGACUCGGUCCCCAUCCUGCUCGAGGCGUUGCAUUGGAGCAGGAGCUUCCCUCCCCACCCACUGACGAGACCGGGGGGGGGGGCGCCCCAUAUCUUGAAGAAGGGGUACUCUUCGCUGCUUUGUUUCUGCUGCAGCAGAGAGAAAAGUCACGGGUCGCUGAAUAAAGUUUAAAGGGUGUCAAAAUUGUGGCAUGCAGGAGGUCUGGUGGGCCCGCCGGCAUCAGAUGCACCACGCGAGUAGGCUGGCAGGGAGAAAGGAGGGGGAAAGCAGAACCCCAAAGCAGUAACGUGCAAGAGACGCAACCCGUGGCUUACGCAGAGCUCAGAUGUAUGCAUGAAUACAUUCACAACUGCAGCCCAGUAAAUUGGCAAUACAAUAAAUUUGCUCAGCAGAGCUAGGCAGAUCCCAGUGCUUUUUUUUUUUUUUUUUAAAGAAUCAAAAAGGUGCUGGUACGCAGUUCUUGAUGUAAGUGCCACGCUUUUAACAUUUUGUGCGGGGGAUGUUGGAGGCAAUAGGCCUCUGAAUACCAUUUGUGCUCAAAUUCUGCUUGUAGGCUUCCCCUAGGUAUCUGGUUGAUCAGUAUGAGAACAGAGUACUGUACAGUGGUACCUUGGGUUACAUACGCUUCAGGUUACAUACACUUCAGGUUACAGACUCUGCAAACCCAGAAAUAGUGCUUCAGGUUAAGAACUUUGCCUCAGGAUGAGAACAGAAAUCGUGCUCCGGCGUCGCGGCAGCAGCAGGAGGCCCCAUUAGCUAAAGUGGUGCUUCAGGUUAAGAACAGUUUCAGGUUAAGUACGGACCUCUGGAACGAAUUAAGUACUUAACCCGAGGUACCACUGUAUUGGACUAGGUCGUUGGUCUGAUCCAGCAGACACUUCUUAUGCUGCUUGAUGUCCUUUGUAGAAGUGUGGGAUGUAAAUGUAAUAAUAACUAAAACAACAUUUGAGAAGAUUCACACAUGUUGCCUAUGGAAGAAAGCUGGCCACUGCUGGGUGAGAAGCAGUGAUAACUAAGACAAUUCAUAUUGUUUAUGAUCACAUUGGAAUGAAUACAUUGACCCUUCACUUCAUUCUUGCCAUACUCCUCUUCUUCCAACCUUCUUAGAAGUCGGAUUCUGCUUUGAAUUGGGGUCAUUGCUACUGGCAUUGCUAGGUGCAAGUUAUAGAAAAUGCUUUGCAAUUGCAUUCUGAUUGUUUAAUAUAGUAAGUGAUGCCUGCACAGGAAGAGGAAGAGAAUUGCAAGGCAAUUCUCAAAUCACUGGAUAUUUUUAAAAUUUUCAUAAAUGAGUGCUAUUUAAAGCUUAUCCACAAAUUCUGUUUUCUCUUUUAUGUUGUACAACAGCUAAUGGCACAAAGAAGUAUUGGAAAUACCAACUUACUGCUUCCAUGUUGCAUCAUAGUUAUUGUAAUCAUCUAUGCUGCAUGGCUGAAAUGUGUAUUGAAUUGCUCAUGGCAAUCUUAUUUUUGGAUGUUAUUUGCCAGUUUAAUUAGAAGGGUGGCGCUGUGGGUUAAACCACAGAACCUAGGACUUGCUGAUCAGAAGGUUGGUGGUUCGAAUCCCCACGACGGGGUGAGCUCCAGUUGCUCAGUCCCUGCUUCUGCCAACCUAGCAGUUCGAAAGCACGUCAAAGUACAAGUAGAUAAAUAGGUACCACUCCGGUGGGAAGGUAAACGGCAUUUCCAUGCGCUGCUCUGGUUCGCCACAAGCGGCUUAGUCAUGCUGGCCACAUGACCCGGAAGCCGUACGCCGGCUCCCUCAGCCAAUAAAGUGAGAUUAGCACCACAACCCCAGAGUCGGUCACGACUGGACCUAAUGGUCAGGGGUCCCUUUACCUAUGUCUGACCUGAGACAGAUAGAUAUUCAAAUUUUUCUUCGACAGUUUUGUUGCAAUGAUAAUGUAAUGGAAAAAAACAGUUUGGGGUUUCCAAGGGGACAUCAUGCAGAUCUAUAGUAUUUUAAGGGCAAAUCCUUGGGAUAGAUUUGAAUGCUUUGGAAUCAGAGCUGUAGAAAUAUUAUUCAAUUCAUUGCUUUCUGGUUAAAGUAGGUCAGCACACAUUACUGGAAGUGGGGUAGCAAUGCCUUUAUGGGAGCUUUAUGUGUACCUACAUUAGUAUUCAUGGGCGUAGCCAAGGGGGAGCAGCUGCCCCCCCAAUCAAUAAAAGUACAUAGCAAACUGAGGUUCUGCCCCCCCCAACAAAAGGUUUGCCUCCCCCACAAAAAAAUCCUGGCUACGCUCAUGUUAGUAUUCAUCAAAUUUCAGCCUGGAUCUAUUUCAGCGGGGCCACAUUGGGUGUGUGACAAUAACAGUAUACAAUAUACGUUUAGUGUACAGUAGUUCAGAGAACCAGCCAUGUCCCAGAAGGCCAGUGUUCUACAUAGAUGGUGAAUUGCAGCCACAUUUUUUAGCCAGGGAAGAGCAAAGAGCUGUGAGUUAAAUAUUUGCACUGGCACAAUCACAGUCACGGCCCCACAACGCUGAAGGACUCUGCUGAUUUCUGGCCCAGUCACCACUUUUCGUCUGUUUGUCGCAUUUAAAUCUAGGUUUCCCAAAGUAAUCAGCACAUAUUCCUGUAUAGAGACAAGCUGCCGCUGGAGAAGUAUAAGCUCUGUGACCUGCAUUCAUUUGUAUACAUCAGCUCAAUUUUCUAAAUAAAAGAAAGUAAGCAACUUAAAAAGAAUAAAGUUACAGUUAAAGCACAUUGGAGGUAUUCUAGUAAUGCAGUAGAACAAACAAAAUCACUACAAAUAUUAAAUGUCUAUAUAAAGGUCCCCACGGAAAUGUAAUUUAAAAAUAUGUUUUUAUGCCUUUAUACCCCACCUUUCUUGCAUCCAAGUAGUGACCAGCCCAGCACUGCUUAGCUUCAGCAAAUUGUUUCAUUUGCCUUCAAACCAUAACCUGGGACUCAUUGCAAUUAGUUAUCCAGCAGGAAAUGCGCCUGAAUUUUUAUUUUAUUUUUUAAAAAAGCUUUAGCUGCAUGAUGGAAUAGAGUUGGGGAGAAGGUUCCUGCUCCAAGCCCCAGAAAACUUGAAUAGCACAGAAAAAGUGGGAGCAUGGAGUAUGGAAAACAGUUGCUGUGUGAAUGUCGUACUUCUCUGAUUGUCAUGCUAGUUGACUAUAACACUGUGACAGAGCAGACCUCCACCCCUGCAGAUGCUGUUGGCCUACAACUCCUUAACCAUUGGCUGUGCUGGCUGCAAGUGAUAGUUGUAGUCCAACAACCUCGGAGGACCACAGAUAUCCCUGCCUCUGUGCUAUGACUAGAAUGGAGGAGUCCCUUCAGGACAUUUAUGCCCUCUUGUCUUACAGACUGCAUACAGUAGUACCUUGGUUUAAGAACAGUCCGGUUAAAGAACGAUUUGGUUUAUAAACUCCGCAAAACCAGAAAGAGUGUCUUGGUUUGAGAACGUUACCUUGGUCUAAGAACGGAAUCCGAAUGGUGGAAGGGCACCGGCAGUGGGAGGCCUCAUUAGGGAAAGCGAGCCUCAAUUUAAGAAUGGUUUUGGUUUAAGAAUGGACUUCCGGAAUGGAUUAAGUUUGUAAACCGAGGUACCACUGUACUUCUUCUUAUGGAAUAAACAUGUCAAAAGAUGCCAAGGGGCAAAAAUGAACAGUAAAAGAUGGUGAAUGAGAAUGGUUCGUCUGACACUAUUAAAGUAGCUCAGCAAGUGAAAGAAGCUUUGUUUGUUUAGAACAGGUGGGGAACUCGUCCCCCUCCAGAUGUUGAGCCCCAACUCCCAUCAGCCCCAGCCAUCAGGGCCAAUGAUUAGGGAUGAUGGGAGUUUCCCCAUGCAUCUGGAAGGUACCAGAUUAGCAAAGGCUACAUUAAACUGUGCUUUCACCAAAAAUAUUUUACUUGCAAGAGCUAAGCAUCUAGCAAUAACAGAAUGCAGGAUUAUAUUGUUUUCAGGGCCAAUUUGUUUUAAUUUUGAAAAGGCAAAGCAUAUGAGGUUUUCCUAGUCUCCUAACUUUAAGUGUGUGCACUGUUUGUUUUGCGGUACGUGUUGAUGUCGCUGUUGAUUUCCCUGAGCAAACAAAACGCAUCUACUCUUGGCAACGUGUUCAUGUUCUGGGGCUGGAGAGAGUCCUCUUUGCCCGGUGCUUGUUCUUCUGUUGCCUCUGGAGCGCAAUUGCUUGUGCGGCAUUUGCUUCACUCUGAUCUUUCUCUUUUAUUCUGCUCCAUCUAGAUUGAGGCUUAAAAAAAGGAAAGAAAGCCGUACGUGGUUGCUGCACAAGAGCACGUCACAGAUGCCAUUUGCCUGGGCUUGUUAUUAUUUUUUUGUAAUGCCUGCUCAGACGAUAACAGGACAGAAGUGAGCUACCCUUGCAACCGUAAGUUAUGUAACAAAACAAUUGGUUGGUUGGUUUCAAAGAAAGAAAAUAUAUUUGGAUGCUAAGAAAGGAUUUUAUAUGAAUGCAUAAAGUGCACUCUGGCUCCAUUUAAACGACUGGGGAAGUCUUGACAUUCCAGUGGGAGUUGGAUUGCACUCAUGGGUGCUUUUGUUUGUGCGUUUUAAAUAAAAAGUUAAAGUAUUCAUUGUAAUCAGCUGUCACCUUCUACAGGUUUGCCAUCCUCUGGUAGUUAGGGUUAAUGUGCCCCAAAUAUUUCCUUACAUGUGCAAAUAAAGGCAAGGGGAGGGCAGGGGUGGUACAAUAUGUCUAAGAAAUGGAGUACAUACUGGUUUUUCUAGCAGCUAGUUUCGGGAGCUCCAUUGAGGAUUUUUUAUUGAUUCUGAGAACAUUACCUGCCUACAGUCAGUAUUCAUUGUAGCUCUGUGGUGUUAGAGGUGGUUCUGUCCUGUUCUGCUUGUGGCUCUUAGCCAAGGAAACAGUUAAGCUAUCCUAUGCACAGAAAAUGAACUAAGUGUAAGGAUUUUAUGCAGGAAGGCACAGAGGCUUAUUUUUUUAAGCAUGUGGCUUCUUUUCAGAGUAGAAAUGUCACAACAAACACGCAUACUUUAAAGGGAAAACCUUUCCCCUCUGCACAGAUUUCACAGAAGGUGGAAUUCAAUAAAAUCCUCACCCAUUUAUUUGUCAUGAUCAGGUCACAGAAUGGGUGAGCGAUCUUGUUCAAAAAACCCCCAAAACUUCCUCCCGUAAGAUAGGAAUGGAGCAGUCAGAAGUGUCUUCACAUUCUAGUAAUUAUUUUAAAUGUCAAGUGGCUAAGGUUUAAAGUAUUUCUGGCUCACUGGAUUUUCCCUUCCUCUUCUUAUAAAGCGUUUCCUUUCCUUGUGAAAUUGGCUCGAGAGAAAAGAAGAAGAUGUUUCAUGUGGUCUGGAAUCGGCAUCUAAAGCUAAUGAGUCGCAUCAUGGUUUCUGAUGUGUAUUUAAAGUUGAUUUUUUCAAGAAGCUUUGCCCUUGCACGGACACCAUGGAUGUCUAGGCAUUCUCUUGUCGGGGACAAGAAUAUUGUCCUGAUGGGACCCCCUGGCGCUGGCAAAACGACAGUGGGGAAAAUAGUAGGGCAGAAACUAGGCUCCUGCUUCAUAGAUGUGGACGACGAUGUCCUUGAAACAACCUGGAACAUGAGUGUGGCAGAAAAAUUGAAGGAUGUUGGCAACGAGCAAUUUUUAGAAGAGGAAGGAAAAGCCUUGUUAAAUCUUUCAGCAUCCGGAAGUGUCGUUUCCCUUACUGGCUCCAACCCAAUGAAUGCUGCCAGCAUGGAGCACGUGAAGAAAAAUGGGGUUGUGGUCUAUCUGGACGUACCGACACAAAGCAUCAUGGAUCGGUUGCAGUUGAUGAAAGUAGACCGUAUUGUGGGGCAGGGACCCGGAACCUCACUGAGAGACAUCCUCCAGUUUCGGAAGCAGUUUUAUAAGAAGUGGUACGAUGUCCGUGUGCUUUGUGAGAACGGAAUUACAGCCGACGCUGUUGCAGAGAAAGUGCUUCAUGCAGUGAAGCGGUACCAAGACUCUGACUCAGAUGGCUUCAUUUCCACCAGGAGUCUAAGAUGCAAUAAGAAGGUUGAGCCAAAAGGCUCUGUGAAAUAUUUCAGCGAUGUUCUUGUUGAGGGACUGGCGCCUGAUGGUGGGCUUUUUGUUCCUGAGAUGGGGCUUCCAGUAUUCACUGCAGGAGAAUGGCAACAUCUACUUGGGGCAAGCUAUGCUGAAAGAGCUCAGGUUAUACUGGAAAGGUGCAUACAUCCUGCUGAUGUGCCUGCUUCCAAGUUAUGGGAAAUAGUUCAGGCUGCCUAUGGACAAAAUUUUACCUGUUCUAAAAUUGCCCCCGUUAGGCACCUGGCAGGCAAUCAGUUUCUUUUGGAGCUGUUUCAUGGACCAACGGCUUCAUUUAAGGAUUUGGCGUUGCAGUUGAUGCCCCACCUGUUUGCAUAUUGCAUCCCCCAAAGCUGUAACUAUUUGAUCUUGGUAGCUACUUCCGGAGACACAGGAAGUGCCGUCCUGGAUGGUUUUAGUCGGCUUAAGGAGACUGAUAAACAAAGGAUUGCCAUGGUCACCCUCUUUCCCCAGGAUGGAGUUAGCCAGAUUCAGAAAUCACAGAUGGUGGGCUACCAGGAAGCAAACACAAAAGUAAUAGGUGUCAGAUCAGACUUUGAUUUUUGCCAGUCUGCCAUCAAGCAGAUGUUUACCGAUUCAGAUUUUACCGGCUUUCUCACUGUGGAAUACGGGACAGCGUUAAGUGCAGCAAAUUCUAUAAACUGGGCUCGCUUGCUUCCCCAGGUGGUCUAUCAUGCUUCUGCCUACCUUGACCUUGUUGAGCAAGGCAUCAUUUCCUUUGGGAACCCUGUUGAUGUCUGUGUUCCCACAGGGAACUUUGGCAACAUACUAGCCGCUAAGUAUGCGCAAAUGAUGGGGAUCCCUAUACGAAAAUGCAUCUGUGCUUCCAAUCAAAACAACGUCUUGACGGAAUUCAUAAAAACAGGCCUGUACAAUAUAAAGGAGAGGCGAUUAAUGCAAAGUCUGUCACCGGCAGUGGACAUUUUGAAGUCUUCCAACCUUGAACGACAUUUGCACUUGAUUGCUAAUGGGGACGGGCAGCUGGUGAUGCAACUGUUUAGCAGUCUGGAGAAUCAGCGCUGCUUCCAGUUGCAGGAACACUUCCUGCACAGGCUUCAGCAGGAUUUGGUCGCUGAUUGGUGCUCUGAGGACGACUGCCUGGGUGCCAUUCGCUCUGUGUUCGAUACCACAGGCUACAUUUUAGAUACGCACACAGCUCUCGCAAAGGUGGUUGCCGAUCGACUGCAAGAUAAAACUUGCCCGGUGAUCAUUUCUUCUACGGCUCAUUAUUCCAAAUUUGCACCUGCUGUCCUACAGGCCUUGAGGAUUGGAGAAAUCAAGCAGACUCCGUUAAGUCAGCUUCACUUGUUAAACUCUUAUAACCCUUUGCCUCCGGUCCACAGGGGCCUAUUAGAGACUCUGAAAAAGAACGAGAAGCAGCAGUACCAGGUCUGUGCUGCUGACAUGAAUGUCCUCAUGGAACACGUUGAAUCCUUAAUACAAAACCACUUCAUGAAGGUUUUCUAACUGUAGGCUUAUUUGACAUUUUCCUCCUAUAGCGCUUUGAAUAUUUUCCCUCCUCCUCCUCACACAUUCACCCAAAAGCAUGUUUUAAUAAAUGCUUAGUAAACACA